GUUGUCGAUUUAUUAUAAAUAAGCCUUCGUUGGACACGCCGAUGUCACUGGCAAUUUGUUAUCGAAUAACUGUCAACCACCGAAAAAAAAAAUAGCAAACGAAGAGAAUAUACAGAAGCGCAAAAAACAGUUCGCACAAAUUUUUUUACAUCAUAAAAUAAUGUAAGGAGAUGCUCGCUGGCAAAUAGUUAUUGCGACUUACAGAUUAAAACAAACGAUAAGCACUUUAGUGAAACCGUCCGCACGAAGCUGCGCUAGUGCAAAUGCAUUUCUUUGUCUGCACUUUGCUGGAAUAAAGUUCUCGAACAAACGUUUUUUUUUGUUCGGUCGAGUGCGAAUAAAAAUUCCUGAAAAAUGUCAACAACUCCAAAUUCCAAUAGUAGUGGUAGUAAUAGCAACAACAACAACAACAAUAAGCAAAAACARCAACAGCAACAGGAUACAUACAGUGACAGCAGCAGCAUCGAAGAGAAUUUAGAGGCUGCCGAGGAGCGUCGUAGGCGCAUCCUAAAGAAUCGCAGUCGCAGCAGCACCUACAUGCAGAGACAGCAGCACACCGCUAUGAGCGUGAGUAGUGGUGCGAUUUCCAAACAUGACAAGUCGAUGACACCAACGACAAGCAGCGCAGCCGCUGCCGCCGCUGCUGCAGCAGCUGCCACAGUGCGUUUGGGUCCACCGGAGCGCAUAUCGAUGUUGGUGGAUGGCGUACGCUUCACAGUGGAGCAAACGCUGCUCACCGCACAUCCCAAUACCAUGUUGGGCACGAUGUUCGGCACAGGCUUUCAAUUUGUUCAUCCCAAUGAGCGCGGUGAAUAUGAAUUAGCGGAUGGCAUAUCUCACUUGGUGUUCCGUUCCAUACUGGAGUAUUACAAAAGUGGAGUUAUUCGCUGCCCGCCCACUGUAUCGGUGCCUGAGCUGAAGGAAGCAUGCGACUAUCUGCUAAUACCCUUUGACGCGACCACUGUGCGCUGCCAGAACCUAAGAGGCCUGCUUCAUGAGCUGAGCAACGAGGGAGCCCGCCAGCAGUUCGAAGUCUUUCUUGAGGAUUUGAUAUUGCCUUUAAUGGUUGCCUCAGCACAGCGCGGCGAUCGCGAAUGCCAUGUCGUAGUACUGCUCGAUGACGACAUGGUCGACUGGGAUGAGGAAUUCCCCCCGCAAAUGGGCGAGGAGUAUUGCCAGACUGUGCACAGCACUGCCAUGCAUCGUUUCUUCAAGUACAUCGAGAAUCGUGAUGUGGCCAAGCAGGUGAUGAAAGAUCGAGGAUUAAAGAAAAUACGCUGCGGCAUUGAGGGCUAUCCCACACACAAGGAGAAGAUUCGUCGACGUCCUGGCGGCCGAGCUGAAGUCAUUUAUAGUUACGUUCAGCGUCCAUUCAUACACAUGUCGUGGGAGAAGGAGGAAGCCAAGAGCCGUCAUGUCGAUUUCCAGUGCGUUAAGUCCAAGUCUGUUACGAAUCUCGCCGAGGCGAAUGCCGAUCCACCUCUGGAACUAGAUGCAAGUGGCAAUCCCAUUCCACCGCCCGCCAUAGCUGUUGUGAAUGCUCAUGUUGAUCUGGCUGCACCUGCUGUUGGCCUGGUUGGUGUGGGCGUGGCGGCUGAUGUUGUUGUAGCUGUGGAUGAAGCCGCCGGCGGCGUCGUGCUAAACGAGCAGGAUCAUGCAGCCGCAGCAAAUGCUCCACCCGGCAUCGUUGAUGAACACGUGUAGAGAUCGACCCCAAGGGUUAGAGUUUAUACACUGCCAUCUUAGCUAGCUGCACGCACCCUCUCGAAGCAAGGCUUUGUACGUUUUGAAACCGAACUUUUUGUAUACACUAUCGAAAUAUAACGAACACAUAAAUUAUAA